AUGCCUGUGGCGACGUGGGCGAGGAAGGAGCCUCUCGCUCCCGUCUCUCCCUGCCACGCACCACCAGCUCGCCUCCCGUCGACACCCUCGCCUCGCCUCGCCUCGCCUCCCCUCCCCUCCCUCCGGCCUCACGCACGAGACGACCACGUCGAGCGUCUCGACACGACGACAACCACCGACGAGCACCCUUCCGCCGCCGCGCAUGCACUCGUUUUGCGCGGUCCCACGCCCCUGCUCGACCCAAGACCGACCGAUCGAUCGACCGAUCAAAGGCCGGCCCGAGACCGACGCCGACGAGAGAUUGUCCCGACGAAAGCGGACGCCGCUGCCUCGCCCCGACCGCCGCCAUCCGUCACCAUCGGCAUCCUGCUCGGCAUCCAGGUGCAGCGCCAGGCCAGCGGCCAACCGCCUCCCUUUGUCAAGCCCGUCGACAACACGGUCAACUACGAAACCACGUGCGCGCUCGUCGAGGCCAUUUCCGCCCCCAGCAAGGACCAGAAGUUUGCCCUGAACCCCAAUCAAUGGGGUGUCAAGGCCGGAGACCCCGGCUUCCUCUGCAUGAAUGCCACGCUCUUCAAUAACCAGACGUACGCGACGACGACGUCGGCGCCCGCCUGGAGCAUAUGGUGGCAGUUCAACCAGAUCCUCCAGGCCAACGCCAACAACGUCCACGCCUUCUCCAACAUCAUGGUCCAAAACUCCAAUGCCAAGGACGACCUGCCUGCCGCCCUCGGCAGCAUCACCAACAUGCCCUUCGACGUCGAGUGGACCAUGCGCCUCGACAACGAGACGACCCAGACGGACGUGGCCGUGCUCAAGGCCAACGACGUCAACUCCAACGUCGCCGUCGACAUGUUCAUGGACGCCGACGAGUCCAACUCCAAGGUGCCCGAAAAGGCCGACUUCGAAGUCAUGGUGUGGUUCGCCGCCUUUGGCGCCUCCGCCAAGGCCGUCGGCGAGGACCUGGGUCCCGUCACGAGCCACGUCUUCAACGGGACGACGUACGACCUCUUCGUCCACACGAACCCGACGGGCCAGCUGGUCCUGACCUGGAAGGCCCAGACGCCCACCUUUAGCUUUCACGGCGACCUCCAACCCUUUCUCGACGAGAUCUUCAGCAAGAAGAACGCGUCGUACCCGACGAGCAAGCACUACCUCGGUUACCUCGCCUUCGGCUCCGAGGCCUACUACUCGGCCAAGACUGUCAAGUUCAACGUGCCCUCGAUGGCGCUGGACGUGCAGAAGUCAUGA